AUGACUAAUGUUUUCGUGGACGAGUGUAUAAAUAUUAGGAGAAUUGAGACAGAACUAAUGAAUCGUGGAAUUCUCCUUGUGUUCCUCCUAAUAAUUGCUGCAGUUUCCGUAGAGGGUGGUUUGGGGAGCAAGUUGAAGGACCAUGUGAAGAGCAUUGGUAAACCAUUUGAGAAGGGCGCUAAGCAAGGUGCUGAAGUUGCUGCUGCAGCUGCUGUUGCAAAAGCAGUAGCGGCGGUGAUGGGAAGGCGUAAAAGGUCUGAAGACGAGCGAUCAUAUAAGAACCUGGAAGAAAGUUCCUUGACAGAAUGGAAACAGUGGGACGACAAAUACUAA